AACAUUGUUCAACAUAAUCGAUAGCUCGAUAGUGCCAUCAUUAAUGUAAAAUACACAUCGCUAUUUUAGAGCACGUGUUGUUUGUUGUUGUCUGUGUUUCUUCCAUCGCGAUCCGAAAAUGUUGGCAAAAAAACAGAAAAUGGAAAAGGAACAGGUGCAGGAACCGUUGGUAGUGCCACAUACGUUGCAGGCACGCCUUAUAUCGGAUACGGGCGAGGAAGCCGGACCACCGAUAGACUUGCCAUCGGGCAUCACAACACAACAAUUGGGACUCAUUUGCAAUGCGUUGCUUAAGAACGAGGAGACGACGCCUUAUUUGUUCUUUGUGGGUGAAGAUGAGAUCAAAAAGUCACUGGAGGACACGCUCGAUCUGAGCACCGUGGACACUGAGAAUGUCAUCGAUAUUGUUUAUCAGCCACAGGCGGUAUUCAAGGUGCGCCCAGUGACAAGAUGCACCAGCUCCAUGCCGGGACAUGCCGAGGCGAUUGUCUCGCUGCACUUUAGCCCGGAUGGCGCACACUUGGCCAGCGGCAGUGGUGAUACCACAGUGCGUCUUUGGGAUCUCAAUACAGAGACGCCACACUUCACCUGCAGCGGCCACAAACAGUGGGUGUUGUGCGUCGCCUGGUCGCCGGAUGGCAAACGCUUGGCCAGCGCCUGCAAGGCGGGCAACAUUAUCAUUUGGGAUCCAGAGACGGGACAGCAAGUUGGACGCACGCUGACCGGUCACAAGAAGCACAUCAAUGGCCUCAGCUGGGAGCCAUAUCAUCAGAAUCCCGAGUGUCGCAAGCUCGCCUCGGCGGGCAGCGAUGGCGGCUGUCGCGUCUGGGAUGUUAAACUGGGACAGUGUCUGUUCAACAUUGGUGGACACACGAAUGCAGUGACUGCUGUGCGUUGGGGAGGUGCUGGCAUCCUGUAUACCUCAUCCAAAGAUCGCACCGUCAAGAUGUGGCGAGCUGCCGAUGGCGUUCUCUGUCGCACCUUCUCCGGCCACGCCCACUGGGUGAACAGCAUUGCCCUGAGCACCGACUACGUUCUACGCACAGGACCCUUUCAGCCAGUCAAGGAUCGCCUGAAAGCGCAUCUCAGCAUGACCACUGAGGAACUCUGUGCUUCUGCUCUGAAACGCUACCAGGCCGUCUGUCCGGAUGAAGUGGAGUCCUUGGUGUCGUGCUCCGAUGACAACACUUUAUAUUUGUGGCGCAACAAUCAGAACAAGUGCGUGCAGCGCCUGACGGGACACCAGAAUGUGGUGAACGAUGUCAAGUAUUCGCCGGAUGUGAAGCUCAUUGCCUCCGCAUCAUUCGACAAAUCCGUGAGAUUAUGGCGUGCUCACGAUGGACAAUUUAUAGCGACAUUCCGCGGUCAUGUGCAGGCCGUUUAUACGAUCGCUUGGUCGGCGGAUUCACGUCUCAUUGUCUCCGGCAGCAAGGAUUCCACACUGAAGGUGUGGAGCGUGCAGAGCAAGAAACUGGCGCAGGAACUGCCUGGACAUGCGGACGAGGUAUUUGGUGUGGACUGGGCGCCCGAUGGCUCCAGAGUAGCCUCCGGUGGCAAGGACAAAGUGAUAAAGCUUUGGGCCCAUUGAUGAGCAUCCUAUGUACAGAUACAGAUAUGAGAGAGGAAUCAUUAUACUAACAAUAUAGAGUGAAUAAAAAACCCUGAGUUAAACUCCUG